GUGCAAGCAAGACAGAUGUUAAGUGCAGCUGGCUGAAGAAACCAAAGUCUAAGAUGAGGGCUGACACUGCAACUAUGGAGGACCUGUUUCCUCCAAGAAAACCAGGAUACAGCUUUGCAAUGGAUACUCUCACCAGAGCCAAAGAAAGAAGAUCCAUGCGUUGUUCCUGUUGAGGAUGUUAUUAUGAGUGCAGGAUAUAUCCAAGCGUUGUGUAAGAGGACAUUUCUGGCUAAGACCCUUCUCCUUUCACCAGAGAAAGUGAAGACCAUAGCAUCAGCUACCUCAGGCCAGCGAAGCAAUCCUAUGUGGUCUAUCGUACGUAGACACAGGAUUACUUCAUCAAACUUUGGAUUCAUUUUGAGAGCUAUCCAAAGAAACAGCUACCCACCUUCAUUUUGGAAACGCCUCAGUUCCCCUUACAACUUGGAGAAGAAGGACUCAAUUGCUUGGGGGAUCAACCAUGAAAGGAACGCUAUUGACCAAUAUCAUAAACUUGGGGCUAAGGUUGAAGAAACAGGCAUAUGGCUUCACGAAUCAGGAAUUCUCGGCGCUUCCCCAGAUGGAAUUGUGCUAACCCCAAUUCCACAGUCUGCAACACCACCACCAGACAUCAUCGAAGUUAAGUGUCCAUUUUCUGCCAGAGACAAGCCACCGUUGGAUGCCAUUGGUCAAAAGAAUUUUUGCUUAGUCAGAACUGAUGGGAGAAUUACUUUGCCAAAUGACCAUGAAUACUACCAUCAGAUCCAAGGCCAACUGUACAUCAUGGGGAAGACAUGCUGUGACCUCCUCAUUUGGACAUCCCGUGGACAUACACAGAAUAUACCGGGAUCCAGAAUGGGCUUCAAAUAUCUCAAAGCUGAUAGAUUUCUUUUAUGA